GAAUAUAUGAUCUUGAGAAAGAGAUAUGUCACAUCUUACAAGACUCAUCCAAGAUACAAGAUUAUAAUGCUAAGUUGCGGAACGAAUACAUAAAGAUCAAUGAUGAGGCCAGAUGGUUGAAGGUUAAAAAUUCUAAACUUUUUUCCCAAUAUGCUUGCGCGGAGACCUCUCUCACCAAAUAUAAAGCUAAAUAUCAUGCAAAAUCAGAGGAAGUGAAAUCACUUCAAUCUGUGAUUAAUUCAUUUCCCCCAGGAUACUUUGAUAAGAAUAAUCAGCCAGAUAGUCCUGAGAGAACUGAUUCAUAUGUAAAAAGUGGUGGCAAAAAAAAUAAUGAACCAGAGAGCUCUAGCGCUUCUUCAGAACAAAUCGUACCUGCUACUAUUUCCAAAGAAAAGAUUUCAUUAGGUGGUUCAGGAAACCCUAUCAAUAUAGACAAAUUACUAUCAUCG